GUAGAAGUCAUUUUACUUUUUAUUUGUAAACAAAAAGAUGGCCGAAUCACAGGAUAUACCGAUCGAUCGUAAACUUUCCGAGAUUUUCCAAGAGGGAUACGACCUGAUGAGCACCCUGGAUACGUGCUACGAUCCGACCAACAGUUUCGAAGUUCAGACAAAGAUCAAGAAGUGCAUCGGUCUGUUCGAGGAUUCUACCCGGCUGGUCAGUCUGUGUGGACUGUUCAGUUCAAAUGAAACGGACGACGAGGUGGCCACAGACAAUUUACGCUACUUUUUGUUGCCCUUCUUCCUCGGCCAGUUGACCUUGAAGCUGUGCAAUGCCGAACGGAAGGAGAUCGUCGAGGUGGCUGAGGUGUACUACAAUGAUUUUCUGCGCCGAUGCGAAGAUUAUAAACUGUGCGAUAAACCGGCGGCGGUGUUAGUUCUGGAUCAUGGACACCACGGUGGCCCGGAUAAGUUGCAGGAUCUAACGAGGAUGGUUCAGGGACGGAAUGCCAAGUUGAAGCAGUAUGAAGAAAAGAAGGAGCUAGAUGACCAGAUCAAGACGCUCAAGAUUGCAAUGAAGGAAGACCACGUAGAUGAUGAGGUGAAGAGGGACUUCUACCUGAAGCUGUUGAAGUCUUGUAUCAUGGAAACGCAGGAAGAACUGAUCAGCAUUAGCCAGGAGAAGCAAAUUCUCGAACAUCUUGCCGUCAUGCGGAGGAACAGCGGAGGUGGAGAGGAAGGCCGAAUGCAUCCACCGAAGGGACCGCAACCGAAACCGUUGAAGCCGAUCAUCAUUACGAGGGAUGCGGCUCAGAAGGCGGUCUAUGGGCUGGGCUAUCCGAGCAUGCCAACGAUGACGGUAGCGGAAUUUUACGAGCAGCGUGUAGCCGAAGGGAUAUUCCCCGACGCCGAGAGGAUGAAGGAGAUCAACAAGAACAGUCUAAUGAAUCGCGUCUAUCAGGAUAAUGAAGCGGAUCUGGACAAGGAAGCCGAGGAGAAGGAAAUGCUGGUCGAGCAAGACGAUGAGGAGUACCUGGCCCGGCAGCGUGCCAAGGACGAGUUCAAGGACGAUCAUCGCCGCGGCUACGGCAAUCGAUACAACCGCAGCUAAACGA